GCUCGAUGGUGGUUCGUUGAAAUGAUUUUUUCAGCGAACCUCCAGCGAUCCACAGAUUCAGCGCACCAAACGCAAACAAACAUCGCAGUCGACAAAUGUAGUAUGGCUUCGCGAAACGAAAAUUAUACUAUUUUGCUGGGUGCUGCAGUUUUAGUAAUGGCUGAUGUAAAUAAAAAAAAGAGAAAACAACAACGGGAAUUUUAAUGGACCUAAAGUCGCAAGAAAUAAGCGGACAGUAUAAAAAUUUCACUCGAAUGACACCUACUGACUUUGAGAAUCUGUUGCAAAGGAUUGGACCCCAUAUUUCAAAACAGGAGACUUAUUUUCGUACUCCAAUCUCUGCCCAAGAUAGAAAAAAAUGGACAUUCGCAAUUUUUUUAAAAGAAAAAUUACAACCACCGAAGAAACCACUAAUCCGUCUAAAAAAAUGGGACUUCAACCAGUACAUCAAGAUAGACGCUGGUGACCAAACUUUGGGCAACCACCUGUUUACCGCUGCUGGUAAUUCUAAAUAUACAUCACACAGAAUUCAAAAUGAAAUAAUUUCAUUAGCCGGAGAAGUACUGUUAAGAAGCGUAGUAGAAGAAGCAAAUUCUUCUAAAUAUUUUAGUGUCUUGGCUGAUGAGACUGCCGACAUUGCCGGACACGAGCAGCUAUCUAUUGGCAUACGAUAUGUAUUUGAACAAAAUGAUAAGUUUACCCUGAAAGAAGAGUUUCUUGGAUUUGUCAAGUUGGACCGUCUAAACGCUGAUAGCAUCGCAUCUUCAAUUUUGCAGUUUUUAGAAAAAUCGGGCUUAAAUCUUGACAAACUUGUAGGACAGGGUUACGAUGGAUGCUCAACAAUGUCUGGUGAAAUUCAUGGAGUUCAAAAAAUUAUACAAGAAAAGUAUAAAAGGGCAUUUUAUUUUCAUUGUGCAUCACACAAAUUAAAUUUAGUUAUUAAUGAUGUAAGUAAAAUAACGGAAAUAAGCUAUUGGUACCGUAAAAGACAUAAUAGUUUUUUUUAG